CCACAAGAGGGGGCCUCGUGCUCACGGAGCGCUGCUUCGCCCGCAGCGGCGGUGGUUCCUACGGCGCCGUGGAGUGCCGGGUCGUCCUCAUGCCCAUGGUGCACGUGGCUGUUCGGAGCCUCUUCGAGGCGACGCUGCGUAGCGAGCGCUUCGCUCGCUUCCAGGUGGUGCUGCAUGAGGGGCCGGCUCCUGGAUGCACGCAGGAAGAGGGCGAGAGGAGUUGGCGGUUCGUCCGCUCCCUGCAUAGCGCAUCGCCACUUGCCCUGCUCCUGGAGCUCUCCUGGCACGUUUUUUUGGCCGGGCCCCUGGCAGCCAGCAAUGCGCUCUGCCGGCGCGUCGGCUGCGAGCCGUUAGGCAUGCAGCCCGAGCCCUUGUGUCCAGUUGGCAAGACUGGCCACGAGCAAAACUUCGUGGCCACGGACUCGGCCUCUUUGGGGGAGACGCUCCUGGUGAUGGUAUCCUUCGGAGGGAGCCGGGCUUUCAGCGCAGUGGUGCCCUGGGGCGUGGCACACAUGGCCCACAUCGAGCAGGGCAUCGUCGAGCUCGGCUUCGAGGAGGUGCAGGAGGAGGCGCAGGAGCACCUCGCGUGCAGCUGGGGUGCCUGCGUCUGUGCGCACCUCUUCGUCUG